AUGGAGUAUGAUAACGUUUUCCUGAGUGUUGCACAAAGCUGUGACAAUGGAGUACAGGGAUUGCUGGACGCCUUUUUCGGCUUCCUUUCCAGACGAACAGAUUUUUAUUAUGGAGCUACUGAAAAAGAUGCGAAGCGUUUAGUUCUUGAGAAUUUUGCAAAACACCGGGAUGCUGCCUUAGCACGUCGUGAAGAAGAGAAGAAAGAAUUACAUGAACGAGAUGAACGCGAACGUAAACGAAGAGAAGAAAAAAAGAAAGAAGCCAUUAAGGCGAAUCUUGCCCCUCCAAAGGAGUUAAGCAAAACUGAUAAUUUAAACGGUACAAGUGAGGAGCCGUCAGACAUGCCCACACUACCACAAACAGAAGCAAAGCCAUCACUUGAGAAAAGUGAUCUGCCUAAACCAAUCAAAGUUGGUUCGUCUCCUGAUGAUGAAGAAGAUGAGGAGGACAAGGGAAAAUUGAAACCGAAUGAAGGAAAUGGUGCAGAUCUGCCAAAUUAUAGCUGGACUCAGACAUUGAGCGAUGUUGAUAUUAAGAUUCCAACACGUUUACCACAUUCCAUCAAAUCUCGCGAUGUCUAUGUUGAAUUUACCAGAAAGCACAUCAAAAUUGGUUUAAAGAAUCAGGAGCCCAUUUUAGCUGGGAAUUUGUAUAAUGAAAUUAAGGUUGAAGAAUGUGUAUGGAGUCUCCUGGAUGGUAUCACUAUACUCGUCCACCUAGAGAAAUCUAACAAAAUGGAAUGGUGGAGUCGUAUCUGUGAUGGUGAACCAGAAAUGAAUACACGUAAAGUUCAACCGGAAAAUUCCAAACUCUCUGAUUUAGACGGCGAGACUCGAUCUAUGGUUGAGAAAAUGAUGUAUGAUCAACGUCAAAAAGAGCUUGGUCUGCCAACAUCCGAAGAUCAGAAAAAACAAGAAAUGUUGAAAAAGUUUAUGGCUGCUCAUCCUGAAAUGGAUUUUUCUAAAUGUAAAUUUUCUUAA